AUGCGACGCCUCAUCAAACACCUAAUCCAGCGCAUCUGGAGAAGACCCGCCACACUCGCUUUCUUCUUCACCACGGUCUUCCUCAUCGCGCCCCUGUUCCUCUACCAUCUCCUGGCCUACCCCCUCGCCAACGACCCCCGUCUCGUCCCCCGGGCAUUCCGCACGGCCAAGAACAUCCUCCUGGUCACCGCGCAUCCAGACGACGAGACCCUCUUCUUCAGCCCGAGUAUUCUCUAUCACAGCGACGAUGCGACCGUGACCCGCGCUUUACUGGCGCUUUCAUCUGGCAACUACGACGGCAUCGGCAACACCCGCCACAGCGAGCUGCAGCACAGCUGUGCCGAACUCGGGAUUACGCCCGAGCGAUGCCUGAACCUAGAUCACUACGAGCUCCAGGAUAAUCCCCGGAAAUGGUGGCGGGAGGAUCUCAUCGAGGAGCUUGUGGGGCAGUACGUCCAGAAAUGGAACAUUGAUUUGAUCAUCACGUUCGAUAGCGGGGGUGUAUCUGGACAUGUUAAUCAUCGCGCGGUUAGUGCGGGUGUUAGGAGCUACAUAUCCAAAAACCCACAGAGUCCACCGGCGUAUACACUGCAGACCAGAUUCCUGCUGCGGAAGUACGCCGGUCUAGCGGAUUUGAUUCCGACGUCCAUGUCCUUUUCAGGACGCAUUCUGCGGGCGCUUGUAUCUGCGCCACCGGAGUAUGAUGGUGUCAAAGUCAACAAUGGGAAGAGCCAUACGAUGCAGGAUCCCUAUGGGGAUAGGGCGCUGUUGGUGAGUGACUGGCGGAGGUAUUUCCAGGCGCGGAGGGCGUUUAGUCAACACGGGAGUCAGUAUUCGUUUGAUCGGGUGUUUUACCUGUUGAUCAGUCGAUAUAUGUGGGUGAAUGAUUUGAGGAGGGUGGUCUGA